GGCGUUAGCUCAGCCUCAGACACGAGUUAGAGUUUUCGAGCCGAAAGAAAAGAUGACUGCUUCUCCUCUGAAUUUAGAGCUCAAUACUGAUAGGUAUGUCUCUCUGAUGACUAAGCUGAUUGGAGAGACAGAAUUCCUACAAAACAAUCCUCCGAAAUUUGUUCCACAAGAGGAUAGAGCUAUAAAGCAUCUUCUUGAAGUUCUCAAGCCUCACUCAACUGAGAACGGUGGCCCAUUGACUAUAGAGCAUGUGACGUAUGUUGAAGGACGUGGUAAUCUAGUGAUCGGUUACACCCCCACUGGAGCCGUGGACACCGUCUCAUUCGUUGGUAGCCAUUUGGACUGUGUGCCUGCUAAUCCUGAGACUUGGGAAAGAAACCCUUUCAAACUUACACAAGAAGGUGACAAGUUGUAUGGACGUGGUACUACUGAUUGCCUGGGACAUGUUGCCUUGAUAACUGACUUGUUCCUCCAGCUGGCUGAGAAGAAGCCUCAACUCAAACGCUCCGUUUGGGCAGUCUUCAUUGCUAGCGAAGAGAAUUCUACAAUCCCUGAUGUUGGUGUUGAUGCCAUGUUGAAAGAUGGCAGGCUUGAAAGGUACAAGAAUGGGCCAAUAUACUGGAUAGACUCUGCUGACAACAAUCCUUGUGUUGGUACUGCUUCAGCUGCCAUGUGGAAGCUACGUGUUGAUGGACGGCUCUUUCAUUCAGGACUACCUCAUAAAGGUAUCAAUAGUAUUGAAUUAGCUGAUGAGGUCGUAUCUUAUCUUCAAAAGAAAUUUUAUGAAGAUUAUUCAGCUCAUCCUGAAGAAGAGCGUUAUAAAUUUUCCACCCCAUCAACAAUGAAGCCAACACAAAUAACUUGCUCUGAAGGAUCAAUCAAUCAGAUACCGCCUUGGACUGAGGUUAAAGGUGAUAUUCGUCUGACGCCAUUUUAUGACAUUGAGGAAUGCACUGCACGCAUUGGAAAAUAUGUUGAAGAAUUAAACAAUGAUUUGAGUAUUUUGCCAUGUCGUGGUCCAUGCAGCAAGUAUGAUAUCACUGAUACUGCUACUGGUGCUAGCUUUAGAGCUAAAUUAACCUUUACAAUUGAAGGAGCACCUCUUAAAGGUAUUGCUUGUAACAUGGAUAGUCCAGCUUUUAAGCAUCUUCAUGCUGCAACACUGGAAGUUUUAGGUGAGAGCAAACCGUUCUCUAUCUGUGGGAGCCUCCCUCUUGUUGGUGAUUUGCAAAAAGCUGGUUUUGAUAUACAGACUUCUGGAUAUGGUCACAGUCAUGUGUAUCAUGGUGACAAUGAAUACUGCAGUAUCUCUUCUAUGCAAAAUGCAAUGAAGAUAUUGAGCAAAAUACUGGACAAGUAUAACUCAUAAACUUAAAUGAAAAAAAAUUCUUGCUAUUAGUGACUCUAUACUUGAUUUGAUAGUCUAUAACUGUGCUGAAUUCUUAAAAUUAUAAUUUUUCUUAAAA